AUGGCACCCGCCCGGAGGAAUGGGGAGGCCCCUACAGGACCGCAGGGGUCGGCGUCUACUCCGCGCACGAAGCAACGGCCGCCGCCAUCACCCUUCUACCUACCACUGAACAUAACGCUCUAUCUCUGCAUCAUUGCCAAUGGCAUUGCGGCGCUCUAUGCCCCCAUUCAGGAUUGCGAUGAAGUCUUCAAUUUCUGGGAACCGACCCAUUAUCUCGGCCAUGGAUAUGGACUCCAAACCUGGGAGUACUCCCCGGUCUAUUCCAUUCGAAGCUGGCUGUAUGUGUCUACGCAUGCGGUGGUUGGUAAGAUCGGAUCGCUCGCUUUUAGCAGCAAGACUUCGGAGUUCUACGCGAUCCGACUCUUCCUCGCGAUGGUGUGUGCUGCGUGCGAAACCCGACUGUACUCCGCCAUCUGUCGCACCCUGAGCCCCCGGAUUGGUCUCCUCUUCCUCAUGAUCGUCGCGUUCAGUCCCGGCAUGUUCCACGCCUCUACAGCCUUCCUUCCGUCCAGCUUCACCAUGUACAUGUCUAUGUUGGGUCUGACGGCGUUCUUGGACUGGCGAGGGGGGCAGAAGACGGCGCAAGGAAUUAUGUGGUUCGGGCUCGGCGCGAUUGUCGGCUGGCCGUUCGCUGGCGCUCUGGUGCUUCCUCUUCUGCUGGAGGAGGUGCUCAUUGGCUUUUUUUCGUCGAACAUCCGAGGAGUGUUCCUUAGCGUCCUAGAUGGAGCUAUGAGGUGCCUCGUGAUCCUGGCUACGGAGGUAGCUGUCGACUACGCCUUCUUGCGCAGACUUGUUGUCGUCCCGUGGAACAUUGUUGCAUACAACAUCUUUGGCGGGGAGGGCAGGGGUCCCGAAAUCUUUGGGACUGAGCCAUGGACAUUCUAUAUCCGGAAUCUGGUGCUCAAUUUCAACAUCUGGUUUGCUUUCGCCAUGGCUGCCGCGCCUCUGUUGGCCCUCCAGGCUCUUUUCCGGCCCCGGGCAACCAGCAUGCAGACCUUGCUGAGAACCGUGACGCUCAUCACCCCGUUCUAUAUGUGGUUUGCCAUUUUCACCGCUCAGCCCCAUAAGGAGGAACGGUUCAUGUACCCAGCCUAUCCAUUCCUUGCCCUCAAUGCGGCCAUUGCCUUUCAUAUGGUCCUGUCGUUCAUUGGCUCCAACAACCCGAAGGAGCUGGUCGGACGCGUGCCCCCGAAGAUCAAACUCGCGGGGGUGAUGUCGGUGAUUCUUGUGGCCCUCAAUGCUGGCCUACUGCGUACUGUCGGUAUGAUCACCGCAUACAAUGCUCCGCUGAAGGUGUUCCAGCCAUUGGAGCAGCCGGGGGUCGCCCAGCCAGGCGAUUUGGUCUGUUUUGGCAAGGAGUGGUAUCGGUUCCCCUCCUCGUUUUUCCUCCCCAACGACAUGCGGGCCAAGUUUGUCCGCAGCGAAUUCCAGGGACUGCUUCCGGGCGAGUUUCCCGAUGCCACAGGGUUCUCGGCUCUCUUCGAGGGGACGUCGCAGAUCCCCACGGGCAUGAACGAUCGCAAUGAGGAAGAUCCUGGCAAAUACGUCGACAUCUCGCAAUGUUCCUUCCUGGUGGACUCGGAAUUCCCGAGCCGGGAGGCAACCGACUUGGAGCCGGCGUACAUCCAUGACGAAGCGCAGUGGGAGAAGCUGGCCUGUCAUAGCUUCUUGGACGCGUCACAGACGGGUCUUCUGGGGCGGCUGGUCUGGACACCGGAUUUGCCGGUGGUUCCAGAGGCGCUCCGACGGAAAUGGGGCCAGACCCAACUAACCAUCCAUAUCACCGUAGAAUGGAUUCCCUCAGACUUCAAGCGACCUCCAGCAUCGCCAUAUCCCAACUGGGACGUGCACACAACCAAGCCCAUUCCCUAUCGACCGUUUAGAUACGGGCCCAAGUACUUCGUCACGAUGGGACUCCGCAGCAUGAAAUGGGACGAAUGGAUCGAACUCGACAACCACUACCUCCGCUACCACGCCGACAAGGCCCGUCGCAUCCAAGAACGAGGCGACAAAUGCUGCAGAACAGCUCCCGAAGCCAUGGACGCCGCCAUCGAGCUCCUCGAAGAACUGACCUCCUACCUCCCCGAACGCUACCCCAGCAUGUUCCGCAAAACCCCCACCGGCAUAACCAACCUCCUCACCACCGAAACCUUCAACAUCACGCAACGCCCCCUCCCCGAAGACCCCAUGACGAUCUGCGCGCGUCUCAUCCAAGACGACAUCGCAAUCAUGCUCGAGAAACCCGACGGCGAGUACUACCUCGUCGCGGGCGCCGUCCUCCUCGCUGGCUUCUGGCGUCUCGAAGACAAAUACCAAAUGCGACUCUCGGAAAUCCACACCUCCGGCUCCGUCCCCCAAUACACCGAAAAGCUCGAAAAAGGGAUGAUGAAUUUCUUCCGGCGCUUGAAACCCGAAGACCCAGUCCUCCGAAACAAUUACUUCAUCCAGGUGGAUGAUAAUCUCGCCUGGUCGCAUAGUAUUGGUUCGGAAGAUUCGGAGGAUGUGUCGUGGAGUACGGCGGAGAGGAAUAAGGCGAUUGAGAAUCAUUAUUUCAGGUCGGAGAGGCAGUCGUUGAGGCGGUUGCCCAGGAGUGGCGGGGUGGUGUUUACGAUUAGGACGUAUUUUGAACCCGUGGUCAAGAUUGUAGAGGAGGAUUAUGUGCCGGGAAGGUUGGCGAGUGCGGUGCGGAGUUGGGGGGAGGAUGUUAGUCGGUAUAAGGGGAGGGAGAUGUAUGAGGAGGUCUUGUUGGAGUACCUGGAUCGGAAGCAUGAGGAGCAGGUUGCGAGGGGGUUGGAUGUCCGGGGGGAGGAGGAGGUGAGGAAGUAUCCGUUUUAG